GGACGGCAGCGCGCGCCGGCGGGGCCACGUGCGCGGGGCCUGACCCGCCCGAGCAGCCCCGCGAGCCGCCGUCUUCCGCGCCCGCCAUGGAGCCUACCGGGCUCUUCCCACCCUUCCCCGCCGCCUGCCUCCCCGCGCAGCCCGCCCCGGCGCCCCCGCACCGCGCGGCCGGGACCACCCGCAUCGUCACCGACCCGAUCUCCGGCCGCUCCUACAGCAAGGGCCGCCUGCUGGGAAAGGGUGGGUUUGCCCGAUGCUACGAAAUGACAGACCUCUCCAGCAACAAAACCUAUGCUGUGAAGGUCAUUCCUCACAGCCGGGUGGCUAAACCCCACCAGCGGGAGAAGAUAGCUAAUGAGAUCGAGCUGCACCGGGACUUGCACCACAAGCACAUUGUCAAGUUCUCCCACUACUUUGAGGAUGCAGAGAGCAUCUACAUCUUCCUGGAGCACUGCAGUAGGAAGUCCCUGGCCCACAUCUGGAAGGCCCGCCAUACUCUUCUGGAGCCUGAAGUGCGCUAUUACCUCAAACAGAUCAUCUCGGGCUUGAGAUACCUUCACCUCAAGGGCAUCCUGCACAGAGACCUCAAGCUUGGCAACUUUUUCAUUAAUGAAAACAUGGAGCUGAAAGUGGGGGACUUUGGGCUAGCUGCUUUCCAGCAUACCUCUGACCAGAAGAAAAAGACGAUAUGUGGGACCCCCAACUACCUGGCCCCAGAAGUGCUGCUGAGGCAGGGCCACGGGCCCGAGUCAGAUGUGUGGUCUCUGGGCUGUGUCAUGUACACCCUGCUGUGUGGGAACCCUCCCUUUGAGACCUCUGACCUCAAGGAGACCUACAGGUGUAUCAAGCAGGUGGAAUACACCCUCCCUGUCUUCCUCUCCCUGCCUGCCAAGCACCUCAUUGCUGGCAUCCUCAGACGCAACCCCCAGGACCGCCUCACGCUUGAGGAGAUCUUGGACCAUGAGUUCUUCAAGGGCUACACGCCUGAGAAGCUCCCUCCCAGCAGCUGUGUGAUGGCUCCAGAGCUGAGUCCCCCCAACCCAGCAAAGAGUCUGUUUGCUAAAGUCACCAAGACACUUUUUGGGAAGAAGUCAUCCAAGGCCAAGAAGGGCUCUUUGGAGGACAAGGAUGAUAUCUCCAGGCUGGUCACUGGGCUGAUGAAGACCUCUAUCUACCGGCAGAUGAGCUAUAAAACAGUGGAAGGGAAUGAGGUCCCUCCACAGGUCACCCCCCUAUCGUGCCGCAGUGCCAGCUCUAGUCCUGUGGAGACAGUGAUAGAGGAGACCUCUCACAAGUCUGCAUCCCCUUCCCUUCGGGGGACGAUGGCCAGCAGCUGUGAGGCCUUUGAAGACUGCAUCACUGCCUCUACCAUCAUAGAGUCAGCGGUUCGGCUCCUGCGGACCUGCCUCUCUUCCAUGCCCCCAGCGGAGAAAAACCCAGCUUCCCUGGCCCGCCAUGAGCAUUUUGUCUGGGUGAGCAAGUGGGUGGAUUACUCCAACAAAUAUGGCUUUGGCUACCAGCUCUCCAACCGCAGCAUUGGGGUCCUCUUCAACAACGGCACGCACAUGACCCUUUCCCCCAACCUCAGGACUGUGCAUUACAACCCGACCAACAACAAACACCUUGUUUUCUCUGUGGCUGCCAUCCCUGAGCAGCUGCAGGGACAGAUGAGUGUCUUGUGCUAUUUUGCAUCCUACAUGGAGCAGCAUCUCAUGGAGGGAGGUGACUUGCCCAGCAUAGAUGACCUUGGGCAGCCUGCCCUACUUCUGCAGUGGGUGAAGACUGAGCAAGCCUUGCUCAUGCUCUUCAGCAGCGGCACCCUUCAGGUGAACUUCUACAAUGACCACACCAAGGUGAUCAUUAGCAAACCUGACCAGUCCUGCCUUGUCACCUACAUCAACCGUGAGCGCAACUCCUACACCUACAAGUUGUGCAGCAUCCAGGAGCUGGGCUGCUCUCCUGAGCUCCACUACCGCCUCGAAUACAUCCUCAAGCUCCUCCAAGAACAGGCUGAGGCCUAGCAUGGGACCUUGGGGGGACCCUCUCUGGAUGUAGAGGUCUCCCCCUGCCCUCCUACUGGAUGGGAGGUAUGUUGUGGUGCUUGCUGCCCACCUGGGCACCCUGUAUCCUGGUGCUUAGCUGGAUUCUGGACUAAGACAUGUGGAUGUAGUUACAGCAGCAGGUCUGGUCAUCCUCGCUGCUUCCUGGCUCUGGGAGAUUGCUGCCUUCCUGCUGGCAGCUCCUGCUGUGGCUGUGCUGGUCUCAGAGUGGACUGGGGUGGCACGGGGGGGUGGGGUGGGUGAGUGGCCUGCAGCCAGCUUUGGGACUGGCUGUGCCUUGUUUGUGCCCUGGCUGGCAGCUGCCUGCAGUGAGGGCUUGGGCUGCCUUGCCCAGGGUGAUGCACCAGUUGCACAGACCCUCUGCAUGACAUGGAGAGGACCAGCACAGCCUUGACAUGAAGGCUCAGCUGCUGUGGGAUAGGGAAAACCUCUUCCCAGAGGUGGACAGGGGUGAAGGGCACUGCCUGCCCUGCCAGGGGCUGCGUGGGGCUGGUGUGUACUACUCCACAACUGCUACACUAAGGAGGGGGCUGUGCUGGGCCCAGCCAUGCCCUGUUUUGUGAAUUGUCUGGUACAACCUGAGGUUUGAUAAAGGGUGGGGGGGAUAGGAUUAGAGGGCUUGCCUGGAGAAGCCCUUGCUGGGACCUGGGGAGGUUUCUUGUUUCAAGGCAGUCUCUGCCAUGGGGGGGCUAUUUAUGCGUCUUAUUUAUAUGGAAUUAUUUAUUUUCCUGUUGAUCUGUCUAUGUGCAGCUCCCCUGUCCCUGACUCACCUUAAUAAAAACUUGUGUAAGGUCAAA